GAUGUUUUGCAAAAUACGAUACUGAUAUCCGGUCUUCACUACGCAUGGAAUAAAGGCGAUCUCUAUCCAUUUGAAUUCACUUUUGUCUUCCAAAAGAUUCAGAGCAUACGACAGGUGAACUCUUGGCUUGUCGCCACGCCACACGAACAAGAUGCCAUGCGGUGCGCGAAGUACAUCAGCACGCUCUGCUUCAUAGAGGUAAGACGAAGCUAUUUAUUUCGCUCAUAUACCCCAAAUUGCAACGUCGUCCACUGCUUGAAAAGCCGCUCAGACGACACUCUUGCUACUUACACAUCACCUCAAGGCGAAAGGCCACACUCAGAUCAUAGAGAGUCAGCCCACUUGAUAAAUCAAUGGCAUGUCCACGAGGCCAGUGAUCUAGAUCUUCGUCUAAGGGCCCCCCGAAUGGUGCCGUUCUUUUUCGGCUCUGUCCAACAAGGCAGAAAGCCAAAGAUCAUUGACGUGUACCCGACUAUUACAGCUCUUCGGAAUAUUACCAAGCUCACAGACCUAAAGCAUGCGAAAGCAUCUGCUGACUGUACUGGGAUGGGCCUGACAGUUCUCACCACGCCCUGGCAGGUCUGGGAUAGUGGUGGCUCAUCUGAACUGCUGUUCGCAGUAAUCAGCGCCCAUACUUCAUCAUUCGCCGACAAGGUUCAACUCCCGUCUCGCGGAAAACAAGCCUUCAUAUCGUCGUGGUCUGGAUUCUGUGUGGGCGUCGGCAUGUAUCUGAUUGCCGUUCUUGGGAUCUAAUAUCAAGGUCUGGCAAUGGAGAAGCAACUCCACUACCAUAUGCUUCGGGUUCUUACACAGGAUUUGAGAAAUGACUUAGUCAAACUCCAAAGUAUGAACCGAGAGACACGCGAUACGUGGCUCUGGAAAGCGUUUGUCGGAUCAUUAAGUUUGGUUCAUGCCCAGUCAUUUAUCUGCGACAAGCGCCUCGAUUCCAUUCGGAAAUGGGCCAAGGUCACUGGCGUUGUUGCAUGGUCUGAAGCCAGGGAAGUGCUUAGCCGUGUUGUGUGGCCAGUUAGUUUAGAUCGCGAGCUUAUGUUUGUGUUGGUAUUCCUUUCACAGGGAAUUUGGUUCGAACCGUA